AGACUAGCACCAUCUUGACAAGCCUGUGUUCUGCUUCUACCUUGCUAAUUGUUUCCUUGGGAUUAUUUGGAUUGUGUAGAAAGCCUUUUGCAAAUCCUCUUAUUACUGAAGUCAUUGUUGCCGGCAGGAAUAAGAUUAAAGGUGCUUAAGUCUGUAGAGUUGUUUCUAAUUUGUUCAUGUCAUUUCAGUGGCAUUUUAACAGAACUCUGUCUCCUGUCCCUCCCUUUUCCCCUGGUACUAUCUCAAGUUAGGUCCAAGAUGCCAGACCAUUGGAAGAAAUCUCAUUUUAUCCUCCUAAUUAUUAUGCUGGCACUCGGGAGAUAAUUUUUCCCUUCAUGCACUGCCAAUUAAUAUGCAAAUAAGCUGAUAAAUAUUUAUGUAUUCAUUUAAAUUAUGCAGGGAGUGCUUUCAGUGUAUUCUGUAAAUGAAUUGUUCCUGGACUUCAAAGUGCUAGCUGCUGUGCUAACGAGGAGAGAUUUGCAUAAGGCCCUAAUCACACGCAUACUGAUUAAGCUUCAUUAUGGAAACUGCCAGCUGCAAUCUUUGUUUCUAUUUUAUUACAAAAAGGGGAACUUUUCAUGCUUCAGUUGCCUUGACAAUGUCAGUCCUAGCUGGUAGAAGAGACUAAAACUCCUCUGAGCAACUGAAGUUUCCUUAUUCAGUUGAAGAUUGCUAUGGUGUAACUGAAGUUGUAUUUUGCUUCUCUUGUUAAUUCACUUUCCACUCCUCCCACCCCUGUUCUCUUAAGAACAUAGUACAGAUUUGUUAGAAAUAGUAGUACCUUCUUUUCCCCCAUCCCAAACGAUACCUGUUCCUUCUUGCUUUGGACUUUCUGCACCUCCUGAAGAUUUUACAGCAAUGCUGGACUGCAGUGACUGUGUUCUAGAUUCAAGAAUGAACAAUCCGUCAGAAUCCAAUAAGUCAUCUAUGGAGAGUGGAGAUGGCAGCACUGGCACACAAACGAAUGGUCUGGACUUUCAGAAACAGCCUGUACCUGUUGGAGGAGCAAUCUCAACAGCCCAGGCCCAGGCUUUCCUUGGACAUCUUCACCAGGUCCAGCUCGCUGGGACAAGUCUGCAGGCUGCUGCUCAAUCUUUAAAUGUUCAGUCUAAAUCUAGUGAAGAAUCAGGGGAUUCGCAGCAACCAAGCCAGCCUUCCCAGCAGCCUUCAAUGCAGUCAGCCAUUCCCCAGACCCAGCUAAUGCUGGCUGGGGGACAGAUAACUGGGCUCACUUUGACACCAGCCCAGCAGCAGUUAUUACUACAGCAGGCCCAGGCCCAGGCCCAACUCCUGGCUGCUGCAGUGCAGCAGCACUCUGCCAGCCAACAGCACAGUGCUGCUGGUGCCACCAUCUCAGCCUCUGCUGCCACACCCAUGACACAGAUCCCCUUGUCUCAGCCUAUACAGAUUGCACAGGAUCUUCAACAAUUGCAACAGCUUCAACAGCAAAAUCUCAACUUGCAACAGUUUGUGUUGGUGCAUCCAACCACCAACUUGCAACCAGCACAGUUUAUCAUCUCACAGACCCCCCAGGGCCAGCAGGGUCUCCUGCAAGCGCAAAAUCUUUUAACGCAACUACCUCAGCAAAGCCAAGCCAACCUCCUACAGCCACAGCCAAGCAUCACCCUUACCUCCCAGCCAGCCACCCCAACUCGCACAAUAGCAGCAACCCCAAUUCAGACACUUCCACAGAGCCAGACAACACCAAAGCGAAUUGAUACUCCCAGCUUGGAGGAGCCCAGUGACCUUGAGGAGCUUGAGCAAUUUGCCAAGACCUUCAAACAAAGACGAAUCAAACUUGGAUUCACUCAGGGUGAUGUUGGGCUCGCUAUGGGGAAAUUAUAUGGAAAUGACUUCAGCCAAACCACCAUUUCUCGAUUUGAAGCCUUGAACCUCAGCUUUAAGAACAUGUGCAAGUUAAAGCCACUUUUAGAGAAGUGGCUAAAUGAUGCAGAGAACCUGUCAUCUGAUUCUACAGCAUCUAGCCCAAGUGCCCUGAAUUCCCCAGGGUUGGGGGCUGAGGGCUUGAAUCGUAGGAGGAAAAAACGCACCAGCAUAGAGACCAACAUCCGUGUGGCCUUAGAGAAGAGUUUCAUGGAGAAUCAAAAGCCUACCUCGGAAGAUAUCACCUUGAUUGCUGAACAACUCAAUAUGGAAAAGGAGGUGAUUCGUGUUUGGUUUUGUAACCGCCGCCAGAAAGAGAAAAGAAUCAACCCACCAAGCAGUGGUGGGACCAGCAGCUCACCUAUCAAAGCAAUUUUCCCCAGCCCAACCUCACUGGUGGCAACCACUCCAAGCCUUGUGACAAGCAGUACAGCAACAACCCUCACAGUCAACCCUGUCCUUCCCUUAACCAGUGCUGCAGUGACUAAUCUCUCUCUCCCAGGCACUACAGACACUACGUCCAACAACACAGCCACCGUGAUUUCUACAGCACCCCCUGCUCCCUCAGCAGUCACAUCCCCCUCCUUGAGUCCCUCCCCUUCAGCCUCAGCCUCAGCCUCCGAGGCUUCUAGUGCCAGUGAGACCAGCACAACACAGACCACCUCCACGCCUCUUCCCUCCCCUCUUGGGGCCAACCAGGUGAUGGUAACAGCAUCUGGCUUGCAAACAGCAGCUGCUGCUGCUCUCCAAGGAGCUGCACAGUUGCCAGCAAAUGCCAGUCUUGCUGCCAUGGCUGCUGCUGCAGGACUCAACCCAGGCCUGAUGGCACCCUCACAGUUUGCUGCUGGAGGUGCCUUACUCAGUCUCAAUCCGGGAACUCUGGGCGGUGCUCUCAGCCCAGCCCUAAUGAGCAACAGUACACUGGCUACUAUACAAGCUCUUGCUUCUAGUGGUUCUCUUCCAAUAACGUCACUGGAUGCAACUGGGAACCUGGUAUUUGCCAAUGCAGGAGGAGCUCCCAACAUCGUGACUGCCCCUCUGUUCCUGAACCCUCAAAACCUCUCUCUGCUCACCAGCAACCCAGUAAGCUUGGUUUCUGCAGCCGCAGCCUCCACAGGGAACUCUGCACCUACAGCCAGCCUUCAUGCCUCCUCCACCUCUGCUGACUCCAUCCAGAACUCUCUAUUCACAGUAGCCUCUGCCAGUGGGGCUGCUUCCACCACCACCACCGCCUCCAAGGCACAGUGAGCAGCUGAGUGCAAGAGUUGGGCUGCCACAGGCCUUCGUCACUGCAGUAUGAUGGGCUGCCAGCUGUUUAAAAACCUGACAAGUGUGAUUGGCUUCCUCCCACCAUGUUGUGAGGGUGAGGGAGACAUGCAGAGAAGAAAAAAUGCAUAUACCAGGAAAGAAAAAAAGAAUGGAGACAGGACAACGUUCGCCUAAUUUUAUAAUAAAACAAUGUCUUUUCAGGAUUGCUUCAUGGAUUGGAGAACUUUCUAACCAAAAAUUUAAAAGAAAAAAAAAAGCAGAAACAAAAAAAUCAAAAACAGACAGACAAAAAUAAGUGAAAGGACUACUUAUCAUUUCCAGCAGUCAUGAUGACAAGCUAAGGGUGUUUCUAGACUACAUAAAUGAGCCCAUUGAAAAGGAAGAGCUUGUGAAAAUGGAUGAAGAUGGAUGAGGGUAAUUGAGAGAUUAAAUUCCCUUUGACAAUACCCUGCUAUUAUCCUAUCUGUACCAGAAUUUUCACAAAUGACGGGGACACUUCAGUGAUGUUCAUCUAGGUUGCCCUUACUGGAGUUAGGGUGCCCAUUGGUGUCUGAGGUGCUUGCUUUGCUUGUGUCCAUAGGAAACCUGGAUUCUGGGCAUUCGUCUCUCUGCACUGUUGCUCAGAAAGGCAGUAACCCAGACACAAAUGUAUAUCUUUCUUUGUGAUUCAAUCGGGGGUCAUUAAUAUUAAAGGUCAGAAACAUUUUGGUCCCCCUUUAAAUUUUUCUUUAGUUCCUUUUGUUUAUUUCCCAGAUAUUUUUACCCCUUAAUUUCUCUUACCCUUAACUUUUCCUAAACUCACUCUAAAAAAAUCAGUGAACUUCAAGCAGGGAAACUAACAAAUGCUCAUCCACCUAUUUUGUAUGGUGUGGGGUUUUUUGUUGUUGUUAUUGUUGUUCUUUAAACUAAGCUUGAACCAAAGUCAAUUUUUAGCAAGCUGCUGUACUAACGGACUAGGUAUGAUGUGCAGUUCAAGACACAUUGAGGAGAUAGAUGCUACUGACAAUUUCUUACUCAUUUUUUCUUGAUUAAUUUUAUGUGAAAGCUGCUGCUUGUUUUUAAUCUUUUAUGUUGGUAAAUUGUAUCCUCUGGGCAGACAUUACCUUGAUUUUUAGCUAGUUUGUUUAGGUCAGUGUGUAAAUAGAAUGGCUGUGUCAGUUAAUAAUUUCUCUCUUCCCAUCAGCUUUCUUUCUUGUUAACUUAAUCUUUUACUUUGACUUAACACUCUAACCUUAGUCUGUUCGUGUGAUUAUAGGGCUAUCAAUACUGUUUCUGCUCCUAGCAGAGAGUCCCUCCCUUGGGAGUGAUGAAGUUAGGAGGAAGAAUUCAGGGAGAGAUGCUGAUUACUCACCAUACCAGAUUAGAAGUUACAGCAUUAAUUCCCAAAAUUGCUACCAAAGGAAGUUUAGAGUCUUAAGGGACCUGGCCCAGGGAGUUAAAAAGGACAGAGAAAGUCUGUUUUAUUUAGUCCUGUAGGGUGAAAAAAUAUUUUUCCUAAAUAAGAUUCCCCUACAGACUUUUUUUUUUUAAAGAUGAUACUAAGCUUUAAAUGUCAGUCCAGUGGUUUGUCAGUUCCCCCUUUGUCUAUAGUUUCUAGUUGGUUUGCGAAAGGAAUGCUGCCUUUUUAUAUAGUUCAUUUAAGGAUAAACCUUAAAACCAGCAUAAACGCUGUAUUGAGAAGAAAAAAAAUCUUUAGACAAAGGACUUUAAUUUUUCCUCUCCUUUUUCAUAUAUUCAAAAUUAUGGUGUAAGAUGAAGGUACUUUCUACAUGUACACAUGACACACUGCUAACACCUGCUGGUGGGUGUUGAGUUUAAAGUCACCUUCCGUCACCGUCCCUCUGUCAGCCUCAUUCGACGCUUCACAAACACCUGGGCCAGUUUUCAGUUGAUACCACUUUUUUUUUUUUUUUCUUUUUAAAGCUCUCAAAUGUUUUUAAAUUGAUUGAAUUAUCUUUGAAGCUAAAGUACUCAGACUCAAAACAUUUACCUGCCUUUUAUGAGGGGGUCUAGAAACUAAAGGGGUUAUUUGAAUAAAAGGCAUUCAGUUGAGUUUCUGCAUUUCCAGAAGAAACACCAGAUAGGUUGUUACAGCCCCUUAAUUUCAUUUUUCUUUUCUUCCCCUUGACAUUUAUGCACACUCUAUUUCAGUUCUGGAUUUAGUUAAUACAUUGUAAGCCAAAGACUAAUUUUGAAUACAUUUUUAGGGAUACUAUAUUUGCCUGUGAUAAUGGGCCCUCCCUGGAAAGUAAUGAAUGUAAUUGUUUAAUCCUGUUUAAGUGAUACAGUUUGGCAUAAAUUUUAUUUAUUCCCUGUGUAAAUCUGAAUGACAACAGAAGAUCUGUUUGGCUUCUCACAAGAACAGUGCUACUGUUCUAGGAAUCAGUAGAGUGCUGUUAGCUUGAAUGUCUCUGAAGUCUUAUAGGCAGCUUCUUAGAAUGAGGAAACAUUAUUCCUACCCAUUAACUUCCUUUUAUCUGUUGUUAGGAAAGACAUUACCGUCCUGUUGAUGUAACUUAUUACUCCAGAAUGGAACCAAAGGAAUCUGGCUUUCAUCUUGUGUAGGACCAACCUAUUUAUACUUCAUAAGCUGUAUUCAAAAUUUCUUAAAGGGACAAUUUCAGAAAGAUUUUGGGUGUGAUCAUCUUGCCAAUAUGUUCUAUAUCAUCAUUCAAUUUGUUUUAGGGGAAAAGCACAAUUAUACCUCUUUAAUAUUAUUGUGUCUAUUAUCUAUCCCUCAAUUAUUUGGGAAGAUAGAGGAAAUAAUCUCUUUAUUAUCCAGAAGCACAGGUUUUUGCUUGACAGUAUUUCAGUUCAUCUUAAAUGAUGAUAUUUAACUUGCUGGAAACAUCAGGUACAUUUGUAAAUAUAGAGAUAUUAUGUUAGAAAAAAUGUUAUCAUUCACAGUCUGAAGUUCUUCUCAAGCUUCGUCAUCCUCACAAAUCUUCCUUGACCAAUAGAGAAAUAAGGUCAUUGAAAUAGAAGGCAAAGAAACACCUAUUCCUCCCCAGAUAGAAAUGCUGCCCCACUGUGCAGCAGUUUCCUGCUGGCCCCGAGGAAUGUUACAGUGCUGUAACCUGAGCACUGGUAAAACAGAAGGAAGGGCCUUAGCAACUCCGCAGAAGAGCUUGGUCAGAAACUUUAAAUUGGCUUCUGAAGUUGAUGAAUAUAAAGUGUACUUAUUAGAACUGAAAACAUUAAAUACUUCAGUACUAAUGGGAGGAAAUUACUAAAAGACCUUAAACGCAUAAUUAUCCAAGUGGGCAAUAAUUGAUGUGAUAAUUUAUUCAUAACCGUUAUGAGUUCACUUUGAUUUGUGAGUAUGAAUAGCAUUUACCAUGUUAUAUUUUUCAUAUAAAGAGAUCCCUGGCUACUUUGAAAUUGUUUUCAGAUACCUAGAAAACUAAGACUUUCUUAAUAUUUUCAAUUUUAAGGAGGAAAAAAUAAUUCUUUGCUAUUUCUCUGAAACUAAGAGCCAUUGUAGGUUUACAUGAUGGCACCCACCAUGUAUACACAGGCCUGAAUAGAAAAAGCAGAAAUAAGUUGCUUUCAUUCUUAAAGGAUGAUGGUAUCCUCUUUCCCUCCUCUUCUUCUUCAGCCAUGGGAGUAAAAGUAAGUUUCUGCCAGGAGGCAGGGAACCUCUUCCUCGGAAGUUGUCCAGUUUGCACCCAGCACCCAGUGCUUUGUGUCUAAGACCUCUACAGCAUUCUGUUCAUGAAGUAGUUCCUUAUUGUGACUUCUCUGCUUUGGGGCUUUUACUAAAAUCGGUGAGCUUGAGUGAAUUGUGUGUCAGUUCUGGGCUCUGGACCUCUCGUCUCUUUCCUCCUUUUUCUCUUUGAAUGGUGGUACCUUAAUCUGUGAGAACAAUGCUCGUGGGCAACAGCUUCUAGCACCUUCAUAAAAUACCUCAGCACAGCUUAGCAUUGUUGCAGAACUGGCUUUAGACUUAAAAACCAAGUAAGUAGAAGAAAAAAAAAUCUUUAUAAAUAGUGGAAAUAAUUCUAGCUGUAGUAUUUAGUUGAACUAAUGUUUAUUAUGGUUGAUAACAUGAUUGAUUCUGUAAGUAUUUGGGAUCCUGUUUAUAGGGUUAGGGAGGGUUGCAGUGGGAGAAAGGAGAAAUUGAUUAUGUUAGAAGGAAAAUACUGCUCGUAUGUGUUUGUUUUUCUUUAUAUCUGUCUUGCUAAAAGAAACUUGAUAUUCCCUGUAGUUGGAUGGGGGUUUGAGGCCUCUGUCAUCUGAUAUGCAGUGUGCAGAAGCGUGCAGGUGACAUAUGGGGUGUCCAGUAGGUUCAGGGUGCCCAAGGGCAGAUUUACAACCCUUGUGUCUGUGGCUGCCUUGCCUGCUUCUCCUCCCCCCCGGCCCCCAGACCUGCCAGCCUCUCCUGAUGACCCAUUACCUCUGUACAUAACUAAAGCCUAGGCAAAGGAAUAGGGUGUGCAUGUCCAAGUGUGCAAAUGAAAAGAGACAGACAGAGAGACAUACCCAAGGAACUUGGAGAGGUAAGUGAUACAUAUUGGUCUCAGAAAAUUAAGGUGAAAUGAGUCAUCCUCUGUCAUGUUAGUGAACACUGUGCUAGUAGUAUCCCAAUGUUUUAAACCUUAUUUCCUUUUCUUGUACCAAGGAUAAUUCUGUCUAGACCAAAACACAAGCAAAGGAAAAUCAAAUCAAGAAGUUUAAAGCUAACCGCACACUUGGCACCUCUAACAAGAUGUGGCAUUUAAGGAUUGGUUGAUGAGAUGGAAGAAGUGAGAAAUUGUGUUGGUUUAGGGAAAAAUUAAAAACCUUUCUGCCCUCAUUCUGUGGCAGACUUUCUUGGCUCUCUGAAUUCUAAUACAAACUAUAUUUCACGAACUAUUUUUUUUUUAAGUAACUAUCUCACAGAACUUGAGUGAGAUUUGAUUUUGAUACCAAAGACACUGCUGUACUGUUGAUUGUUGUUAAGCUUUCCCAACAGUCAGAGGACAGAGCAAAAUGCUAAAGCUGGGGAAAGCUUUACCUUGUCGCUCUUCCUGUUUCCUUCACUCCUUCCUUACUUUUUGAAAGAUAUCUUACUGGCCAUUCUGGCUUUGGAAAGAGAUUGAUUUUAUGCCUCCCUGCUGCUCUUUGAACAUGGAUUGUAUCGCUUGGCAUUACAUUGAUAUUCUUGCAGAGCAAGAAACUUGAGAAGUGCAAAAAAUAGAAUUUUUAUUUUCCUUUAUCUAAUCCUUACAAAUAAAACUAGUCCAACCUGUUAUAUAACAGUCAAUAUGCAGUUAUGAAGAGCAGACUACAUGAAAGCCAAAUGCUAUUUUCUUACUCUCCUGUAGAGCUGUUUUCCUCUACCAUGUUUUUAGGUUAUGGCCUCUGGGAAGUUAAAAAGUUCAUUGUUGAGGCAUACUUUUGAUAAUGUAGAUGGGGAGAGAGGGAAAAGACACAAGGUACUAAUAGUCCAACAAACGUGAUCAGGUUGCUAAACUUCAUGAAAACUUUGUUAUUCUGACAUGUAAAAGUAGUGUUGAUGUUGUGUGACUUUUCAAAGCAUUAGGUAGGUUUAUCUGGUAAUAGGGAUGUUAACAAUAAGAGCACUUGAAACAUGCUGUGGGAAAACAAUGUAUGAACAUGAACAUCAUUUCCACUGUGAAAGUGAGGCUGCCGGCUUCAGGGAGGGAAACGGUUUAUGAUUUUUCUGCAUCCCUGUGUCUGCGCACACUGCACAGGACUCCACUACCUUUGCCAUCUUCCAGUUCAAACGCAGGACACUGUCAGGAAGUUAACAACCCCAGACUUACUUACUGGGGGAGGAGUGAAGCUGAGGUCUGCUGUAAAGUUUUCCCAUGUUUUGUUUACUCGUUCACCACUGUUUAACAUAACCACAACCUCACAAAAACAACUCAAAGCUUCUUUGCUAAAUUGGCAGUGGUGUUCAUCUCCAUUGCUGUAUCCCAGGUCUCCAGGCAGAUAGCUGGCUACAGUGCUACUUCAACAAGAAGCGUGGAGCUCCUUACGUGAUCUCCUUAGAUAAAAUGUGCAGUCCAUGCCCAUCCAGUCCUGAGAGAGUCUCAGGGUCUGAAAAUUCAAGAGGAAAUGCACUACAUUUUCCCACACUGGUGUGACUGUCGCUUAGGAGCACUGUGGUAGGUUGGCUGGGGGCCAUGUCUUCAGAAUACACACGCUUUAUAAGAAGUGAACUAGUUAGUGCUAGCCUGGUUAGGUUUAAAAUUGCAAACCAUGUGGGAAUGGGGAUGACGUGUUUGCCAAGACUGUGACCAUAUUACAACAUUGGUUUUACACAGUAAAUGGCAAAUGGAGUCUCCAGAUGGUGAGAGGCUUCUUCCACUCCUUACCUCUGCUUCCACGGGAAUGUGUGCAUUACUCAGUCCACAGGAGGACUCACUGAGGGAGGGACCCUCUUCCCAGAGUGAGCCUCAGUCAUUCCUCUCCUCUGUGGUAGUAGUCAAGGCUAGGUGAGUAAGUGUGGGGUUUCUGCCCACCAGUUGUCCAGGAGCUGCCGUAUACCUCAUUUCUAACUCGUGACUAAGUAACUUUUGCUUUAACUUCUCUCAACCCUACAGAGUUGCCAAGUCUGCCCUCCCUCUUCUCAGCAGCAUUGAACUCUGGCCUAUAGCAUCAUAAGACCUGUCACCUAGGGUGGGACAGCCCCCCUGCCCCAAGCCUCUGAAUGUCUUGCUUUGAAGCUACUACAAACUGAGGGCAAAUUGCAAUCUUCUGUUUGUUUUGUUGUCAGGGAUCUUCUCUGGUCUCUUGUGUUUCCCCCACCCCACCACCUUGCCUUCAAGCACUGCCAGCUAUCCUCUCCCAGAUCUGCCCCAUACUUCCAACUGCUAGACCCACAACAGCUACUGUCCUUGCCUUUUCCAAGUGGGGUCAAAGGCUGACCCUUCCCCUCUGGAGCCUUGGGGUCCUGCUCAUUGCCAGGACUUAGUACAAAGUACACGAAAGGUUCUUUUAAGCUGACUGCCGCAUACACAUUUCUCUUGUUUCCUGUGUGACAUGACCAAAACAAAAAACAAACAAAAAAAAAA